UUUGUGCUUAGGUAAAUGGAAGGGGAGUGCAGCAUUGCGAAAGAUGUGACCGAAGUAAGUUGCCUUGAUUAUUCUUGGUUGAAUAUAUCAUUAUACAUGUGCUCACUCCCUUUUUGCAAAAGUAUAUUAUGUGUUUCUUUUUUCUUCAAUAUGCAGCUGGUGGGUAAUACACCUAUGGUUUAUCUUAAUCAUGUUAUAGAGGGUUGCCAAGCACGCAUUGCAGCCAAGCUCGAAAUGAUGGAACCAUACUCCAGUGUCAAAGACAGGAUUGCAGUUAGUAUGAUCAAAGAUGCUGAAGAGAAGGGCUUGAUUUUCCCUCGGAAGACUGUUCUCAUAGAAAUGACAAGUGGUAAUACUGGCAUCGGACUGGCGUUUAUUGCUGCUGCUAAGGGCUAUAAGCUAAUCAUCGUCAUGCCCUCAUAUGUCAGUCUUGAGAGAAGAAUUAUUCUUCUAGCUUUGGGAGCAGAAUUGCACCUCAUGGGUCCAACAAAAACCUUUCCUGAUUUCUUUGUCAAAGCCAGAGAAAUACUGGAAAAUACACCAAAUGGGUAUUUGAUUAAUCAAUUCGAAAAUCCUGCGAAUCCACAGAUUCAUUUUGAAACAACCGGGCCAGAGAUCUGGAGAGCCACAGAAGGCCAAGUGGAUGCUUUUGUCUCUGGCAUUGGGACUGCUGGUACCAUUACUGGGACAGGAAGAUUCCUUAAAGAGAAAAAUUCUGCUAUCAAGGUCUAUGGUGUAGAGCCAACUGAAAGUGCAGUCUUGAAUGGAGAAAAGCCGGGAAAGCACAAAAUCCAAGGAAUUGGUGCUGGUGUCAUCCCUCCUUUAUUGGACUUUGACAUACUUGAGGAAGUUGUAAAGAUCUCAAGCAAUGAAGCCAUUGAAACUACAAAGCUUCUUGCAUUGAAAGAAGGUUUGCUGGUUGGGAUAUCAUCAGGAGCUGCUGUUGCCGCUGCUAUAAAAUUAGCAAGGAAGCCUGAAUAUACUGGAAAAUUGAUUGUUGUACUUCUUCCCAGCUUUGGGGAGCGUUAUUUAUCUACCGAAUUGUUCGAGUCUGAGAGGCGCGAAGUGGAGAGCUUGACUUACGAGAAUAAAGUGUACGAAAUGAUAUCACCUGCCUCGUCCAAUCUUUAACGACAUUAUUGAAAUGGUGUCAACUGUCAACCUCCAUAUCAGGUAAAAGAGGUUCCGAGUUCGAUCCCAGGCAACGGCAAGAGCGAGUGGCUCUUGGUAGUUGGUACUUGGUAGAGGGGGUUAGGCUAUACUUGGCCUAGGGAAUCAUCUAAUAGGUUAGCUCAGGUCAGGCCUAAGCCAACCACAUUACCAAGCAAUAGAACGGAAAUUGUAACGACAUUAUCGAAAGUAGAGCUUCUUGUUAUUUGAUUAUGUGAAGACAUGAAGUACUCCCUCCGUUUCAUUUUAAUUGUUACAAUUUGACAUUUUACACUAUUCACAAAUUGUACUUUGACCCUCCUUUGUGAUUUAUACGUGAAUAAAAACAUAGUCAUGUGGGAUUUUGUUA